UCAUCAUCGCCCAAAACAAAAAAUAGUAUGUUUGCGGCCAUUUUGAGUUUUUAGAAGAUCUGAAAUAAAAAUAGUUGUGAUUCCGGCUAAAACAAUUCAUUGGAAAAAUUUGAACAUCAAACGGGUUUUUAAUUCUUCAACAGUAUUCAAGGAUAAUUCAAAAUGCAGAUUUUUGUCAAAACUUUGACUGGCAAGACUAUUACUUUAGAAGUUGAACCUUCAGAUACAAUUGAAAAUGUGAAAGCCAAGAUUCAAGAUAAGGAAGGCAUCCCCCCAGAUCAGCAACGAUUAAUCUUCGCGGGCAAACAAUUGGAAGAUGGAAGGACUCUAUCUGAUUACAACAUCCAAAAGGAAUCAACUUUGCAUUUGGUUUUGCGUUUAAGAGGUGGUAUGCAAAUCUUUGUUAAGACUUUAACAGGCAAAACAAUAACCUUGGAAGUCGAGCCUUCAGAUACAAUUGAAAAUGUUAAGGCUAAAAUCCAAGAUAAGGAAGGUAUUCCACCAGACCAGCAAAGAUUGAUCUUCGCUGGAAAACAAUUAGAAGAUGGACGUACUUUAUCUGAUUACAACAUCCAGAAAGAAUCCACACUCCAUUUGGUUUUGCGUCUGCGUGGAGGCAUGCAGAUUUUUGUCAAGACUUUGACUGGUAAGACUAUAACUUUAGAAGUAGAGCCUUCAGAUACAAUUGAAAAUGUUAAGGCUAAGAUUCAGGAUAAAGAAGGCAUUCCACCAGACCAGCAAAGAUUGAUCUUCGCCGGUAAACAAUUGGAAGAUGGACGUACUUUAUCUGAUUACAACAUUCAGAAAGAAUCCACUUUGCACUUGGUUUUGCGCCUGCGUGGAGGCAUGCAGAUUUUUGUAAAAACCUUGACCGGUAAGACUAUUACUUUGGAAGUUGAAGCCUCUGAUACCAUAGAGAACGUAAAAGCUAAAAUCCAAGACAAAGAGGGCAUUCCACCAGAUCAGCAAAGAUUAAUCUUUGCUGGUAAACAAUUGGAAGACGGCAGGACUUUGUCGGAUUAUAACAUCCAGAAAGAAUCCACUUUGCAUUUAGUUUUGCGUUUGAGAGGCGGUAUGCAAAUCUUUGUCAAGACUUUAACAGGCAAAACAAUAACAUUGGAAGUUGAGCCUUCAGACACCAUUGAAAACGUCAAAUCCAAGAUCCAAGACAAGGAAGGAAUCCCACCAGACCAACAGAGAUUAAUCUUUGCCGGUAAACAAUUAGAAGAUGGACGUACUUUAUCUGAUUACAACAUCCAGAAAGAAUCCACUCUCCAUUUGGUUUUGCGUCUGCGCGGAGGCAUGCAGAUUUUUGUCAAGACCCUCACAGGAAAAACUAUCACUUUAGAAGUGGAGCCUUCGGAUACUAUUGAAAAUGUUAAGGCCAAGAUCCAAGACAAGGAAGGAAUCCCACCAGAUCAGCAGAGAUUGAUUUUUGCCGGUAAGCAGUUGGAAGAUGGACGUACGUUGUCGGAUUACAACAUUCAGAAGGAGUCUACAUUGCAUUUGGUGCUUCGCCUGCGGGGUGGUAUAAUGCAGAUUUUUGUCAAAACUUUGACUGGCAAGACUAUUACUUUAGAAGUUGAACCUUCAGAUACAAUUGAAAAUGUGAAAGCCAAGAUUCAAGAUAAGGAAGGCAUUCCCCCAGAUCAGCAACGAUUAAUCUUCGCGGGCAAACAAUUGGAAGAUGGAAGGACUCUAUCUGAUUACAACAUCCAAAAGGAAUCAACUUUGCAUUUGGUUUUACGUUUAAGAGGUGGUAUGCAAAUCUUUGUUAAGACUUUAACAGGCAAAACAAUAACCUUGGAAGUCGAGCCUUCAGAUACAAUUGAAAAUGUUAAGGCUAAAAUCCAAGAUAAGGAAGGUAUUCCACCAGACCAGCAAAGAUUGAUCUUCGCUGGAAAACAAUUAGAAGAUGGACGUACUUUAUCUGAUUACAACAUCCAGAAAGAAUCCACACUCCAUUUGGUUUUGCGUCUGCGUGGAGGCAUGCAGAUUUUUGUCAAGACUUUGACUGGUAAGACUAUAACUUUAGAAGUAGAGCCUUCAGAUACAAUUGAAAAUGUUAAGGCUAAGAUUCAGGAUAAAGAAGGCAUUCCACCAGACCAGCAAAGAUUGAUCUUUGCCGGUAAACAAUUGGAAGAUGGACGUACUUUAUCUGAUUACAACAUUCAGAAAGAAUCCACUUUGCACUUGGUUUUGCGCCUGCGUGGAGGCAUGCAGAUUUUUGUAAAAACCUUGACCGGUAAGACCAUUACUUUGGAAGUUGAAGCCUCUGAUACCAUAGAGAACGUAAAAGCUAAAAUCCAAGACAAAGAGGGCAUUCCACCAGAUCAGCAAAGAUUAAUCUUUGCUGGUAAACAAUUGGAAGACGGCAGGACUUUGUCGGAUUAUAACAUCCAGAAAGAAUCCACUUUGCAUUUAGUUUUGCGUUUGAGAGGCGGUAUGCAAAUCUUUGUCAAGACAUUAACAGGCAAAACAAUAACAUUGGAAGUUGAGCCUUCAGACACCAUUGAAAACGUCAAAUCCAAGAUCCAAGACAAGGAAGGAAUCCCACCAGACCAACAGAGAUUAAUCUUUGCCGGUAAACAAUUAGAAGAUGGACGUACUUUAUCUGAUUAUAACAUCCAGAAAGAAUCCACUCUCCAUUUGGUUUUGCGUCUGCGCGGAGGCAUGCAGAUUUUUGUCAAGACCCUCACAGGAAAAACUAUCACUUUAGAAGUGGAGCCUUCGGAUACCAUUGAAAAUGUUAAAGCCAAGAUCCAAGACAAGGAAGGAAUCCCACCAGAUCAGCAGAGAUUGAUUUUUGCCGGUAAGCAGUUGGAAGAUGGACGUACGUUGUCGGAUUACAACAUUCAGAAGGAGUCUACAUUGCAUUUGGUGCUUCGCCUGCGGGGUGGUAUGCUAUUUUAAAUUUUUUGCAGAAAGCUCACUACAACUCAAAACUUUAAGAAUAAAUUAGCAGUACAUUAUCUAAUAUUA